AUGAACAAAGCUGUAAAACGUCGUCGAAAAUCAGAGAAAACAUUAGGAGUGAGGAAUGAGGAGACAGAUGCUGGUGAAUCUACGAAUAUUCAAACAUCAAUAUUGUCAGAUUUAAUGAGUGAUGCUGACACUAGCAAUUCAGAAACAAAGAAAAAAACCCAUAAAUCUGCAUGGACCACAAAUCAAAGAACUCAAUUAUUCGAAGCAAUUAUCAAAAGACUGCCUACACCGUUGGACUGGAAAGAAAUUUCUGAAGAUGUUGACGGAAAAUCUUCUACACAAUGUUAUGAUCAAUGGCGUAAAAGAAUGUUAUCAGAUUUAAAGAAGUCUGUUGUUUCUGAGUGA